CGAGGGAUUCGCUGAGUUUAUUUUAUGAUCAGAAUAAUAAUACCGCUGGAGAGUAAUCCCGCACUUUCCAAUGAAUUUUUCCACAAUCAAGAAAGCACCGAUGAAGUUGUUGCAAUCAAAUGCACGAAGUAAAUAAGAGGACUACUUAUAAUAUGUCUGAAGGUUAUUUUAAAAACACGAUUAUUCAAUUCGAAAAUCAUCGCGUCAAUGCGGUAAAUUUUACGAGUACAAUUGAGUAAUUUAUAACAUACGCCCACCGGUUAAUCCAGUAUAUAAAAGCUUUUGCCCGGAUAUGAACCAGUUAUUGUCCCUGUGCACUUCGUAGCAACAUGAAGACCUUAAGUGUGAUACCGUUCAUUAUUGGCUUGAUUGGAUACGACAAAUGUGUGGAGGAUUCUCCAGAAUUAUGGAAAUACGGUCCUGAGUACACGUACCGUCUGAAAACCAAUGGUUCAUUGAUCUAUGCACCUAGAAUGAAGGAGUCUCGUACAAACAAUACAAUUAUCGUUAAGUGCAGACCAUUUUCAACAGCCUCCGAGGAUGAGGCUGAUGCUCUCCAAUGUCAUAUAGUGAAUGCAGAGAGCCACCAAAUUAUGAUUGACAGUUCUUUGCCGUCACCAGAAUGGGAAACCAAUGGAGUGCUCUUCAACCAGAAGAUAAAGAAUAAAAUAUUUGAGAUGAUUUAUAAUAAAAAUGGUAUUCAUGAAUUACGAACAGAUCCCUCAACUAACGGCGCGGAAGCCCUAAUUUUUCGAAUGGUAGGACAUCACCUUAACUUGGAUGCAAGCGAUUUCGAUCAAACCGAGGACAGUUUCACGAUUUACAAACAAGAAAAUUCAAUGAUUGGUAAGUGCAACAGUCAGAUAGACGUAUCGACAAAAAUUAAGUUCAAAAGUGAACAAUGGAGCAGCAAGUGCGGUGAUAAAAUUCAUCUGGAGACAUUUACUUAUGGAGAUAAACAUCCCCUGGUUGUUAUUAAUAAAACCAGAGAUACAAUACAAUGUGCUGAUGCUGUGCCCCAUUUAUUGCGAGAGAAUGAGGCAGAUGCCAAUUAUAACAUAUCGAAGCUAUCAUCAUUCACUGAAUUCGCUGUGGCACCCCGGAGUUUUGGAAGUCUUACUGUCACUGAAAGCUACAUAUCAGUCCCUCACUUACCCGAAAAAAUAUCUUCCAGAGAGUUCAUAGACCUACGUUUAAUGAGCAUUGAACCCGCCAGUGAACCACUCAAACGCAUUACAGACUCUAACAACAGUACCACGAAAAUCAUCAAACUGUAGUCUUCAUCUGCUAUUAAUGAAAUAAUAAAAUAUGUAUUUCAAAUGGUUGAAUAAAAACGGUUUGAUUCCGUUUUUUUUUUAUUUAAAUAUAUCGGCAACAAAAUCAUAACGUCGCUUACAUAUAUCAUCCGUAUGCUGAUAGUUCCAUAAAAGAUUUGAUACCUUGAAAAAUAAAAAAUAGUUGAAUGACUUGCA